GUUAGGUACAUAACUGUGUGUGUUCGACUCGACUCAUUACCUAACCUAAAAUUCUAAUAUUUAAAAUAAACGAGAGAAAUAUUAAAGAAACAAUAAAAUACAUUCCAUACACAUAAAAAUACAUUGUAUUAUAAUUGUAAACUUCUAUUUUUAAAUAGAAAAUAAUAAGAUGGCUGCUGUUCCUGAAAUGAGUGAAGCUGAUCAGAUUAAAACGUUCAAGGAUUUUUUGGUGCAAUACAAUAAGUUAUCUGAGCUUUGUUUCAAUGACUGUGUUCAUGAUUUUACAUCUCGAACUUUAAGAUCUGCGGAGGAAAAAUGUACAAUAAACUGUAUGGAGAAAUAUUUGCGGACAAAUCAAAGAGUCUCACAAAGGUUCCAUGAAUUCCAAAUGAUCGCCAAUGAGAAUAUGCUAGCGCUAGCUCAAAAGUCCGGAAAUCCUAGCUAAGUUCCUGUGUGUUAUGUAUUUAUUGUUAGAUUAUUUUGUUUUCACUAUUGAUGAUUAAAGUAUUGUUGAAUGUAA